AUGGAUAUGAAUUCUCGACCUAUAUCGGCGCACCGCAGGCUCAUGACUCCUCCACCGCCGUCGAAAGCGCUCCUUGAACUACAGAGACAGGGUUUGGAACUUGCGGCUUCCAGAUCUCAGAGCAGUCUGUUCCUCGAUGUACCUCGGAGUAGAUCAACAAAAUCCACACCUUCUGACCGAGAUAAACCUUUACCCCUUGAGCCGUUCGAGAAAAGACGAUCAUCUAGUGUUUACAGCAAUGACACAACGAUCAGCAACAUCAUCCGCAUGUACAAUGGGCAGCAGGAAUUGAUCGACACUCCCGCCCUACCAGCCUUGCAUCAACCACAGGCGUAUCGAGAUACUAUAGCCCCACUACUCAUCCGACGACUCAGCGUCAGUAAAACACCAUCUCCAAACCCACUGGGGACUUCUGGAGCUGACGACAGCUCAUCUGUUUUUUCACUAAAGCCUACCCUUCUGUCAGGAAACGAUGGCCCGCUGAGCAACAAGGCGGCACCGACAUUCAUUGAGUUUUCCAGAUCCCUUCGAGAGCGACGAAAUGAAUUGGAGUCUGCCUUGUCUGCGUCAUCGCCAGACCACGAUUGUCAAGUUGCGAAUAACAGUUUGGCGCUUCCUUCACCACAAGUUUCCCCUAUCGAGUUAUCCCUCAUCAUCUCCCGUACACCUCCGCUCCCCAGUGCAAUGUCCGGCAGCAUAUCGGAUGUCAAUGAUUCUGAUCUGCUACCUCCUCCAGCGGGACUAGUAGAUUCGGAACUACCUAGUCCUGUGUCCGAUGACUGGGACAAUCAAUCCAGCAUUCAGAGUGUCAGCCCUGGAGAUAGUGGCAAAGAGAGGCCACAGCACCAUACUCCUGACAGCAGGCUCUCUAAGUCUUGGCUGGAUGACGACUUUGUGCAGAGUCCUGUAUCAGCAUCAAAUCGACCAUGGGAGCGGACCAGCCUCGAUCCGAGAAUGGUUUCAGGUGAGUAUGCACAUGGACAGGAACAUGUUCUUCCUGAACCUGCCACCAAUGAUUCUGCUGUGGCCGGAGACACUCCAUCCAGGAAAAAAUCAGAACGUGAUAGCCCCCGAUCGAGCUUGCAGCAAGGCGUUUCUCAUUUAUGGCGGACACUGUCUCUGUCUAAGCGGGGUCCGGUGUUGCAAGACUACCAGGAAGAGGAAAUGCCACGACCAAGACAAUUGGCAAAGCCAGCCACACCUUACCAAGUUUAUGGUGCAGAGAUAUGGUCAAAAAAGAUGACGAAGAAGCAACAACAACAACCAAAGAUACAGCGCAACCACAAGGCAGGAAGGUCCAUCGACUUGGGCAAUGCCUACCAAAACGGUCAGAGUCAGUUCGUGGGGGUCCUCGAGGGCGCCAGACGGAAGCUGACCGGACGAACAUCCCAGAAGCGGCGAAGGAUGUUGAAGCAGAGUAUUGUGCUGGUUGGACCAACACGGAAAACGAGCGCGAUGCAUUUGGGAGAUCCAUUCAUGGGUGAUGAAGGAGAAUCUUGGAUCUAG